AUGUUGUUGUGGAAGCAAAACGAACACAGGUCUGCCUUCAUUGGUAGAACGGAAACUGAGAACAUGAUUUCAUCUUUCUUUCAUUCAAUGCCAGAACCCAAUCCUUUAAUUGUUCCUUUACUUGAAGAACUUGGUUUUGCUGGGGUGGCAAAGCUAAGGCAUCUUAAGGUGGAUCAUGCAUUGAUAACAGCUUUGGUCGAGAGGUGGAGACCUGAAACUCACACGUUCCAUUUUCCAACAGGAGAGUGCACCAUAACCCUAGAGGAUGUUGCACUUCAACUGGGGCUAAGUAUUGAUGGAUUACCAGUCAUUGCUCCAACAAUGUUUGACUGGGAGGAUAUGUGUGACUUAUAUCUCGAUAUCAUGUCAGUCAAGGGAGAGACACUUAUUGGCUCUAUGGUGAAAUUGAAGUGGCUGAGAGACAAUAUGUUGCCAUUACCAGAUGAACCAUCUGAACAAUAG